AUGAACAAGUGCCGGGAAAAUAUCAAGAACUUGAUUCCGAAACCGAUAACACCCGUUAUCAAACCACCGAUGUACCGUUCCGUUUUCACGGAAUCGGUAAAGAGAGUGUACAACUCGAACAAAGACUGCCACCGGACGAUGGGUUACGCCGAAGUUCAACUCGACCCACCGACGCAAUUUUUAAAAAAGAACACCAGACAAGUGAUUAGACCGUUUGUCGGUAAGAUAAUUUUAAUAUAUAUAUAUUAAGCACUGUAAAAAGUAAGAAUACCGGUGAAACCUAGGAUUUAUCGACUGGCCGUACUCAGUAAAUAUUCGAAUUUCGGGCGUUAAUCAAUAUUACUUUCGAUAAAACUUAGGAUACACAAAACGGUUUGGUAUGUAAGAUUCUUUUUAUCGCAAAUCAAUUAUUUAAUUUAAAUGGAGAUUUCCAGAAAAUCCGAUUUUUUUUUUUAAGGUCGUUGAUAACGUGAAUCAAUAAAAAAUGCGUACCCGAUGCACAUGAAUUUAUUACUGUAGUGUUCACGUAUUUCAGCGUUAGUAACGCAUAUCGUCAUAGCUUCAUCACGGAUUCACGAAUAGGUAUACUAUAUCUGCCACAAAUUUAUUCUGGAUUAUUUAUUACUUGUAGAUUGUAUUGAUAAAUUUAGCUUUGAAUAAACGCAAAUUAAAUAUUAAUAUACUAAAUACGGGACUAAAUACGAGACGCGUACAUGAAUUUUUCAAUUUUUCAAGAACUUCAACUACUAGGUAUUUUGUAAAAAUCAAAUUUUAAUUUGAUAUAAACUAGAGGUAGCAACAUUUUCUUGGUUUUGCAGCGAGAAUAGUAAGACCAAAACGACAUAAGACCUUGACAUAAGGCCAAGACCGAAAUAAGAUUAAUUUGUUUUUAAUAAUUUUUUUUUCCAGAAAAACAUAUUUAAUAUGAAAAUAAAGUAUCAUUUCACUUAAACGACGUUCGGGAAAAUGAUAAAUUAAUAAUAAGAAAUAUUAUUACAUAUUAUUGUUAAAAUAAUUAAAUUUAAAUUUAAAUAUGUCUUAUCUUGUUUUCAUUCAGUCCUCAAAAAUUAUAUAAUUAAUACAUAGUUGUUUUAUACCAAAUUUGUAAUUAUAUAGAUAUUCAAAAUAGCACCUAUAAAAUAUUGUUAGUCCAUACGACUACAGUUGAGGCAAAAUGAAUCGGUUCAAACUUGAAAUCUACCCAGACAUAGAUAUGGGAAAACAUUAACAGAUUGUAGGUAGUAUUUAUUACUAGUAACCUAUUAGGGCUAAUAACUAAUAAUAUUUACUAAUAUUAUUUUAUUAUCGGCGCUUAAUUUUAGAUUCGGAGCGUAGCGCGUUCGAAAAAAUAUUGGUACUAAAUAGGAACCUUGUUGCUAUUUGUAAUUAGGUAUAAUUGUCAUUGAAUAAUGUCAAAAAUAAAAUCACUUCCCUUUAACUUGUACAUCAAACAAAAACACAUGAUGACGUAUAGAUACACGUAAAACAUUUAGUAAUAGUGAUUUCCAGAGAAAUAUAAGUGUGACAAAAAGUCACCAAGACUUCCGAAGCAAUCCCUACCGUGUGAAGAAAAACCGAAAAAAAACAUAAUAGCCCAGAACAUUAUUGAUGCCAGGAGGAGAGUACCGCCUUUGCCCAAGCACCGGGUCCAAGACUCAAGAAACGGUCACGUUAUCGUUCUGAACGAGGCCGGCUUGGAACCAACUUACGUGUGCAAAAAGGUAUAUGAUUUUAACGAAUUUCUGGAUCACAACGAUAUUUGUGGAUUUUAUAUCAUAAAAGUAACCGAUAUGGUUAUUUUUAGAAACAUAUAUUUUUCCAUUAGUAUUUCCACAGAAAAAUUGCGAAAUUGCGAUGAAAGCACAAAUAUUUUUUUUUUUUUAUUAGAAUAUUAAAAUAAUUUAACCUCUCGAAAUUAGAAAUUAUUGAUUCAUUCCACUAGAAACUAUAUUUAAAUAAUUGAUACGUUGGGUCCUUAUAAUAUGCAGAUUACUCACGACGUUUUUUCGUAAUCAUUUUUCUUUGUCAUAAUACAUUUCACAUAAGUACACUAAAAUAUUAACAUUAUUAUGUUUACUGUGAAAAUUAUUGAAAUGUAUUUUAUUAUUUUUUUUUUUUUUUUCAUACUUGUUAUUUAAUGUGUGUUUAAGAAUUACGGAACAACGCCUAAGUACAUCAUUAAAAUGUACAAAGAAAAAGAGACAGCCCGGCAAAAGGAAGAAGACCGGGUACGCGCAAUAAAGCCGUUGCUGAGGCUAUUACCGCAAGAAGAGCGUGAAGGAUUGUUAACCGUAAGCUCGCGGCUAAUUAUUCAUUUUUAAUGUAAAGUGUUUAUUUUCGACCACACAUGUGCGUUUUUGUCAUCUGUUUAGGGACUGAAAACCAACUGGGCUGAAUUGCAUAAAGAGUUUUUGUUGUUACCGGUGCUUACCGAUACGGAACGAAAAGUAAAAAGAAAACAUAUGUUGGAUAAAGAGUUGGCGACCUUGGAAAAGGAUAUCGACAUGCUAGAACGCAAUCCAAUUAUAUACGUGGAAGAUAAGUAGAUGUACGUGUAAGCGGAAAUGGCAUUAUCCCAGCAUACCCGGCUCAACAUUUUUACGCGAUAAUGAACUCAUAUCUUUUAAUUUGGAAACGUUUAAUUAUUUAUGCCGGGUCGCAUAAAUGAUCGAUAAGAUUUAUUAUUGGGUUUAUAACCAUUUUCCAUAUAUUUAUUGGUUCUAUUCAGUACUAUUGCAUAAAAUAUUCAACGUAAAUAUAAUUAUUUGAUAACUCUCUCUGGUCGUAGUAGUGUGGU